UAGAGCGUUUCGCACGUCUCACAAUCACAACAUCUUAUCGAUAACGCGCGGGAAAAUCCAGUAUUUUCGCGAUUCAUAUUACAUUCACAUAAAAAAAAAAUGUACCGAACCAUUUCAUAAUUUUGAUAUGAUUAUUUUUAACUAAUUUAUGAGAAAUUUGAGAACAAUGUGAAGUGUGUUUUGAUAUUUUAGAAAUGACUGAUAAUUAGUUGGGAUAUUGUAAAUUCGUGCCUACGUCUGUGCUUACAAUGUAUUUUUGGAAGUUUCGAAUUCUCGCUAUCUACAUAUUUUUACUGGUUAGAAGAUCACACGCGGAAGACAUAGAAAGAGAAGUGAAGCACAGGGGAGUCUCGUUCGAGCUUGGCAACACGGACAUCACCAGGUUCACGUACAAGACUCUCCACGAGGCUGGGUUUCGGUUGCAUCAUGUCGAACACAUAACCAUCAUGAAUGCGCCUAAAUUAGAAUACAUAGCUGUAGAAGACUUUUCCAGAAUGCCUAGACUAAAAUCACUGUAUAUAACACAAGCACCAAUGUUAGAAAAAGUGGAUCCUCUACCAACGAUGUUGGAAUUACGGACAGUUAUAAUAACAUCGUCAGGGCUGACAGAGGUACCGAAUCUAAGUCGAGUACACCCGGUAAAAAAUGAUUCAAUCCCGUAUCUCCAAGCUGUAGAUCUGGAUGGCAACCAAAUAAAGCGGAUCCCGGCGCACGCGCUGCGUAUCCGGGCCGAUCAAGUAUCUUUGAACUACAACUUGAUCGAAGAAAUUCCUGCAUUUUCGUUCAAAUAUGCCCAAAUAUCCAAACUAGGUCUUAAAGGCAAUGUGAAGUUGAGUCGUUUGGAUGACAAUGCGUUUGCCGGUAACUUGCUCCUUCGGCAACUAGACCUGAGCUUCACCUCCAUCACGUCGUUACCAACCGCUGGGUUGGAGAAGCUGCAGUCCUUGAAGAUUGAGAACACACCGUCCUUGAAGUACAUUCCGUCCAUUUAUGAUUUAAGGCACCUGGAGUCUGCUGAUCUGACACACAGCUUCCAUUGCUGCGCAUUCGCGUUCCCGGAGCGCCACGACCCGGCGAGACACAAGCUCUACGAGAUGCAAGUGGACCUCAUGACACAGGCAUGCAAGAGUGAACAAAUGCAGGCCAGGAAGCGCAGAUCUUUGGAAGCGAUCAGGCCAAUUAGUCUGGAGUCUCGAAGUAGGGGAACCACUGGCACUGACGAAGAUUGGUCCCUGUCAUCAUCAGCCGAAGAGUUCGGCAGCACAGUGCAGGCGGAGCCCUCACUGGAAUUCUUGUAUCCGGACAGCGUGGAAGGUCUGGAGGAGGACAGCUUCCACGACCUGGUGGACCAGGAUGUGACCAAGGGCAUCGUGGCUAUGUGCGGAAACUUCACUGACACACGACCUCAAGUGGUAUGUCGCCCCAUGCCCAACGCUUUGAACCCUUGUGAAGAUGUCAUGGGCUGGUCGUGGCUGCGCGCCAGCGUGUGGGUCGUCAUCACCGCGGCCGUGGUCGGGAACAUUGCUGUCCUGGUCGUACUACUCGCCAACCACGCCGAAAUCACUGUUCCAAGAUUCCUCAUGUGCCAUCUAGCCUUUUCCGACCUCUGCACUGGAAUAUACCUGCUCAUGCUAGCAGUCGUCGACUUAAGAUCGUAUGGAGUCUUUUUUAAUUACGCUUAUAAUUGGCAGUACGGUGUCGGCUGCAAGAUUGCCGGAUUCCUUUCAGUAUUCUCUGGACAAUUGUCAGUAUUCACUUUAACUAUAGUUACGCUGGAACGCUGGUUCGCGAUUACGUACGCGAUAUAUUUAGAAAGGCGAAUCUCUUUAGCUGCUGCGGCAAAGAUCAUGUUUGCAGGAUGGGUAUUCUCCAUUUUUAUGGCUGGACUGCCUUUAGUUGGGGUCUCAGAUUAUUCAUCAACUUCAAUAUGUUUGCCGGUUGAAAGCAAGGACGCAGGCGACGGUAUAUACCAAGGAUCUCUGUUUUUGACGACUAUGGUCGCGUGGCUGAUCAUAGUUGUGUGUUAUGUCCAGAUUUACAGGUCUUUGGGCGGGGGAGGGGAGAAAUAUGGGGGGAGAGGGUCAGCGGCCGCUGCGGAAAGAAGGAUCGCGAAUAAAAUGGCGUUGCUCAUCGGGACAGAUUUACUGUGUUGGGCGCCAGUUGCAUUUUUCGGUGUGACGGCUUUAAUGGGAUGGCCGUUGGUAGAUGUAAGCCACGGAAAGGUGUUGCUAGUCUUCUUCUACCCGUUGAACGCAUGCGCGAAUCCUUUCCUCUACGCAAUUUUAACAAAACAGUACAGAAGAGACUUUAUAACUCUUAUAGCAAGGACCGGAAAGUGUAACUGGUUGGUACAAAAAUAUAAACUGGCAGCGACCCCCCCGCCCACCGCUCACACGAACCCCUCGACCCCCGCGGCCAUGUUGCCUUUAGUAGACUAUGAAAGCCAUACAAGAGCUAUUAAAACAAAUGGAGAAGCUGGGGUUUAGAUUAUUAUUAAUGUAAUAUUUAGGUUUAAGGCUGACUCAUACCUCUUAAUUAAAAUCAAAGUACUAUUUAUUAA